AUGCGGAAAAAUUGUAUUAAUCAGUUAAUUGGCAUUUCCUUAAAUAACGACAUGAAUUUGAAGCUUACGAUAUGUCUGGUGAUAAUUGCUGUUACUUCCAUUAAAGCGCAGCAAAUCCACCUACAAAUAGCUAAUGGGCCGAUAUUGGGGAAAUCUGGCUACACAGCUGGAUCGAAUAAGCCUUGGAGCAUGUUCCUAGGAAUCCCUUACGCCGAACAGGCUAAAAGAUUUCAGCUAGCAAAAGAGAAACAACCGUGGACAGAAGAAAUCGACUGUACCUACGAUAAACCAGCAUGUGUCCAAGGUAGUCCAGUCAAGGGCUCAGAAGAUUGCCUUACAUUGAGCGUGUACACUCCAAACAUACAAGGUAGCUAUCCGGUUCUGGUGUGGAUCCACGGUGGUUACUUCACCAAAGGAAACGGUUCUUACGCCGCCCAACCGCCCGAUAAUCUAGUAGACGAAGGCAUCGUCUUCGUUCAAAUCCAGUAUCGCCUCGGCAUAUUCGGAUUUCUCAGUACCGAAGACCUAGCUUGCACCGGUAAUUUGGGACUCAAAGACCAGCAGCUCGCCUUGCAGUGGGUGCAGAAGAAUAUCCAAUAUUUUGGAGGCGAUCCCACUAGAGUUACUCUUGGCGGGCAAAGCGCUGGUGCUGUGAGUGCUUCGUUACAUUUGCUAUCGCCCAAAUCCAAAGGUUUGUUCCAUGCAAUGAUAACCAACAGCGGUAGUCCUUUGAACCUAUGGGCUUUGAAUAGAAGAGCUAGGGAGACUGCUUUUGGUAUUGGAACGGCUUUGGGAAUAGUAACAACGAAUUCCACGAAAUUAAUCGAGGCAUUAAAGUUGAAAAACUACGUUGAUUUACAGACAGCUUCUGAGAAUGUAUCUACUGGUGUUACUUUGGAAAAUCCGUUAGCAGGAAUAUACUAUGGUUAUGUGCCAGAAGUCGAUAAUCCCGAUGCUUUCUUUACAGGCAAAAGCGAACAACAGCUCUCUGCUGGUAGUUUCCAAAAUGUACCUCUUUUACUAGGUACCACUUCGGAUGAGUCUAUUUUGUUUGGGGAUUUAAUAGGUUUUAUGCGUCUUUACUUUCUCCAGUACGAAGGAAUACCCAGUCGACUUGCACCAUACGAUCUUACAAAAGAUUUUCUAAAACUCUCAUUGGCAGGACAAGCGAUUAAAAAUCAAUUUUUCCCGACUACAACCAUUAUAAGCCAGGAUCAGCAGUUUCUACACUUCGUCAGUUCAGACCAAUUCGAUAGGCCAAUUUGGAAAUUCGGAACGCACGUUAGUAACUAUCAAUCUAAAACAUACUAUUACGAAUUCGCUUACAAAGGGCCUACUGGUGAUGAUCUAGCAACAGCAUCAGAUGGCGUUGGUCACGGUGCGGAUUUGAACUAUUUAUUCUUCAAUUACAAUUUAACCUCUCCUGCGGACGAUAAACUCACAGCUCUAAGGCUCGCACGAUUAUGGGCGAAUUUCGUGAAAACCCAGAAUCCAACUCCUUCGAGCGAUUCUCUAUUAGGAAACGUCCAAUGGCUACCAAUGCGUUCUGGAACAUCCAGUGACUUGAACUAUUUUAACAUUAAUGCUACACUUACACCAUCGGUGAAUUACAAAAAUGAGGAUAUGCAAUUUUGGAACAGCCCUGGCAGUGGAAUUUAUCCAGUAUACGGAGAACCACCAUAUGAUACUUAUUAA